CCGUAGAUUUCCCGGAAGUACAACUAGAACUACUCAGCUAGCUAGCUAGCAAGUGGUCACAUUUCCACCGUUUGGGCUUUUGGCCAUCUUUUCAUCUUUACAUCGCACAUUUGACUGAAUUAAAUACAUUUAAAAGUUUCAGAUCUUAUUCGCCACCAUGUUCCUCACCCUCACUCUUCUGCGGAAAGGUACUCCAGGGAAGCAGUGGAUCGGCAAGUAUCGGCGUUUUCGGCCAAUCACGUGGCAGAUGAAACGCAACAUGCUGAAGCAUUUGGAGCGUGAGGCAGAGAAUGAAUACUGGAUCAGCCGGCCGUACAUGACCCCCGAGCAAGAGUACUGCCACGCCGCUGAGCGCAGAGCCCAAAACUGGUUGAAGAUCAAGGAGUCCAACUUCUCAAAUUUCCCUGAGCACAAGUACAUCACGGACCACCUGAGUCAUCUGAGAAUCACCAAGACAUGGUCGAGUUAAUGCGAACAGCAAAACUACACACAGAGACUUAAAUGAUCAGUGUUGGGUUUUUGUAGUUUGUUAUGCCACCUGAAAGGGCGGGCUAAUUAAGAUAAUUUAUACUUUUGUCUGCUGUUUUAUUAUGAAUUAAUAAUGAAACUGCUUACCACA